AUGAGGUACAAUUAUUCCGAAAUUCAUGAUUUUAGUAAUUCGGAAAGAGACGGUAGAAAUGUUAAGUCUGACUGGUUUUAUAAGAUACUUAUGAAUGGAAAAAAAUUAAAAAGAACAUGGCUCAGCUAUUCUUCAUAUAAAAAUGCACUUUUUUGUGUACCUUGUAAAUUGUUUACUAAAAUAGAAAACUCAUCCAACAUAUCAAAAUUAGCAUACACUGGCUUAACAAAUUGGAAAAAAGUUACCGAAAAAAUUCCAUUACAUGAAAAUUCACCAAUACAAAAAAAAAAUGUGUGUUCUUGGACUUCAUUGGAAAUGGCAUUGAAUCACUGCGAGGGUAUAGAUACAGAUUUGCAAAAUUCUAUAAGAAAAGAAGAAGAUCACUGGAAAUCCGUUUUAUUGGCAAUUAUAGACAUUAUAAUGCAUCUAGCAAUGGACGGAAGAGCAUUUCGAGGAUCUAAUGAAAUUAUUUCUAGUGUGGGAACAUCAAACCGAAGUGGAAAGUUUUUAAAUUUAGUUAAUCUAGUGUCACAUUAUCAUGAACCGUUAUCAAAACAUAUUGAAAGACAUAAAAAAGGUGGUCUUUCUUAUUUUUAA